AUGUCGAGGUCACUUGCCAACUUGAAUCCUUUCGCUUUACAGGUUUUUAUGGGUGCUGUGCGAUCGAGGAAGAAUGAAAACUGCUCUUUGCUGGACCGAAUCAAGUCGGCCUCUCCACUUCCUUGGCUAGUUGGUGGAGAUUUCAAUGAAAUUCUCUUUGCCAAUGAAAAACUGGGAGGAAGAAGAAGGAACGCCUCGGAUAUGAAAAACUUUAGAGAAGCGCUCAGAGGAUGCGACUUAUGGGAUCUAAAACCAAGUAGAGGCUGGUUCACAUGGUCCACUGGACAUACUGUUACCAACCAUAUUAGGGAGAGAAUCGAUCGUUUCGUGGCUUCCUCCCCAUGGCUUUCCAUGUAUCAGUCCUUCUUGGUGAAUGAAAGCGAAAGGAAGAGAGAGAAAGAGCUACGCAAUGUUAUUAGAAGUUUGAACACAGCCUCCAUCUCCCCCACCAACUUCCAAAGCCUUUGGGAAGCAAAGAAAGAGCUCAAAAAUAUCGUGGACAAAGAGGAGAUGUAUUGGGCACAACGAUCGCGGGUCUCUUGUCUGAAAGACGGAGAUAGGAAUACGAAGUUUUUUCAUGCUAGAGCCAGCGGAAGGAAAAAGAGGAAUUGGGUGGCUGGAAUCGAAAACAAGCAUGGGAUUUGGGUUGACCAGCUUGAAGGAAUUUUUAACGUCGCAAUAGACUUCUUUACCACUCUUUUCAAAUCGUCCAACAACGAACCGGAUGCUACCAUCUUGAACGUGAUUGAUAGGUGCAUUACUCCGGAGAUGAACGCGGAGCUUUGCAAGGAGUACAUAGCCGAGGAAGUCCGUAGAGUCCUCUCACAAAUCAAUCCGAACAAAGCCCCCGGUAUAGACGGGACUUUCGGCUCUCCUCACGGAACAAAAGACAAGGGGUCAAUUCCACAGGGACUUAGAAAAUUUUAG